AUGCACAUUCUGCUUGCUGAAGACAACCGCGUCAACCAAAGGUUAUUCACCCGCAGCAUCAGCCGUCUGGAAUGCACCGUCUCGAUCGCCAACAAUGGUCAGGAAGCUCUCGACUACCUCUACGCAUCACCAGUCACACAUCCUCGGCCGGAUAUUAUACUCAUGGACACCGCAAUGCCCGUAAUGGGCGGAAUUGAAGCAACAAACAUCCUCCGUACCCAGCCACCCUUCGCGACAGACCCAAAAAUCUCCACGACACCGAUAAUCGCCUUGGCAGCACACUUGCUGCGUUCUCAGAUCGACAGCGGCUGGUUCCAGGAAAGAGGCUUCGACGACGUCCUGCAGAAGCCUCCAAAGGCCUCAAAGAUGCGGCAGCUCAUCCUCUACUGGUCAAGAAGGAGGGUUGUGCCGAGACAUGGCGCUCUCACUGUCCCUCGCACUGGGAAUAUGGUUCCCCUUCCAAUGGCUAUGGUGCCGUGGGGGGGUUCGCCGUUGAGGGCUUACAGGGGCCCGAGAUCGUUGCUCUAA